CAUCAACACACGGUCAUAAGAGCGACUCGAUGAAGAGGCAGAAGAGAGAGAAAUCUGGAGCAGAUUGUGUGACUGCGGGCUGCUGAACACUCUCACAUGUUUGGAUCAGAAGAAAACUCGCUAAACAGUUUGAAAAGUGACGUAAAGACGUAAUUUAUUUCGGUAAAUCCGGACAAGAUUCAAUUAAGGAUUUUUUUCACUUUGGGUUUUGGUUGUUUUUGGCUCAGAGCAGUUUGGAUUUUUGGAAAGAUGACAUAACUUUACAUCUUCAACAGCUUCCCUGUAGUAAAUCAAUCUCAAUGAAGAGUCUCUAACUCGGACUGACACUCGGUGGCCCGGAGCUGCACCACACAGGACGCAGGGAACCGUGAACCGCAGCGGCUUGCCGGGAUGGUGCGCCUGCUGAACUGCCUGCUGCUGGGAUAUCUGACCUGGAAUCUGCGGAUAUCGGACGCACAGGGGGAGUACUGCCACGGCUGGCUGGACUCUAAUGGGAAUUAUCAUGAGGGCUUCCAGUGUCCGGAGGACUUUGACACCACAGAUGCGACCGUGUGCUGCGGAUCAUGUUCGCUGCGCUACUGCUGCGCGGCCGUUGACGCACGGCUGGAUCAGGGCAGCUGCACCAACGACCGGGAGAUGGACAACACCGAGUUUGCAGCGCAGCCCGUCUACGUGCCCUUCCUGAUGGUGGGGAGCAUCUUCAUCGCCUUCGUGGUGGUUGGCUCCCUGGUGGCCGUCUACUGCUGCACCUGCCUGCGGCCCAAGCAGCCGACCCAGCAGCCCAUUCGCUUCUCCCUGCGCAGCUGCCAGGGCGAGACCAUCCCCAUGAUCCUCACCAGCGCGCCCCCGAGCCUCCGUGCCCCGUCGCGGCAGUCCAGCACAGCCACCACCAGCUCAAGUUCUGCUGGAGGCGGCAGCUCUAUGCGGAGGUUUUCUCUGGGAGGUCAGGGGCAGCAGCAGCAGCACGGUUGCCUGGUGUCUGCCACCAUCUCCUCGUCAGCCUCCACCCCCACCCAGACCCCUCAGACUCUGCCUCCACCUCCACCUCCCCCAUACACAUCCCCGCCAGCACCCAUGUCAGGAGGCAUGCAGCAUCCUCUGCCCUCCAGCCACACCCACACCCACACCCACACCCAGCUGCAGCUCCACCAGCCCUCAAUGGCCCCUCACCCCUCGCAGGGUGCCGGGUUCCUCAUCCCGCAGCAGUACUUCUUCCCCCUGCAACCCGACGCCUUCACAGCGGCCAAGGGCUUCGCUGACUUCGGACAGAGCUGACAGGGCCCCCAGUGGGGGAAAUACAGGGAUUACAAGAUUUAGAGAUGGCGGGAUGUCUGUAUGGACACUGCAACACAGCUGUUGGUGUUUGGGUGGAAGGUCUGGUCCGGCUGAACGGACACAGAGCGAACAACAGGAGGAAGGGGGAUAAAGCACAACAAAGCUGUUGUGGUUCAGUGAUGUGGCCUGAGGCGUUUCCCCCACUGCAACACAGCAGUUCAACAAACUUGUCAGGGGCAGUAACAGUUUUGAAUCUUAUGCACUUUUCAUCAUAUUGUAAACAGAAUUAUCUGGACUAUAUUUUAUUUUUUUAUACAUGCUGUUUUAUUAAGGCGGCAAUUGACAGUAGAGACUAAAAUCUUGCCAAUUUAUCACAGACUUUCCUUAAAAACAAAAAUAGGCAGAUAGGUCUGUUACUGUGCAUUACUGUGUAUUAUGAUAUUAUUAGAGAUAAAUGUUGGAAUCCAGGGAAUGAUGUUUUUUGACAAUCGCAAGGCCCUCUAACAGGGAGGAGGACCUGGUUUACAAAGGACAUUGUAUUUUGGAGGAUAUGUGGACUUUGAGAUGUUGUACAGGCAUUUUACCCAGAGCAGGGUUGUCAUAAUGAUUCCCUAAGCAACAGCAAAUAAAACUUUGUUCCACAG